AUGAAGUUGAUUCAAGAUGUUCUGGCUCACAAGGAAAAGGUUUAUGAGCUGGAGAUGUCUACUCACCAAAUCAACCUGCUUACCUCACCUACUUUCUUACCAAAGGUGAAGGAUCAAGGGAAAUUCACUCUCCCUUGUACACUUGGGCAUAUUGAGCUUGACAAUGGCUGUUGCAAGAUCAAAGAUUGGCAUUGCUGGAGCAUUGCAGCGCCCUACUACUUCAAUCAUUUUGGAGAUGCCACUUCAAAGUCUCCUCUUGGUGUUUCAAGAACUAUCACUUGA